AUGUCUCCAUAUAAGAACGUCGUGCUUGUCGGAGCAAGUGGGAGCGUUGGUCAGACUAUUGUGAACGGGCUCUUAGCUUCUGCAACGGAGUUCAACAUCACGCUGCUAGUCCGCGCGGACUCGUCAUCCAGAAUUGCGCAGGAAGGCCAUGCUGCUAUCAGGGUCGUUCGAGGAGACUUAAGCGACGACGCUUUUCUUAAGAGAGCUCUCACUGACCAAGAAGCUCUGGUGGUUGCCCUGAACUCAACUCCAGACACCUUUAAAUUGCAGGACAGAUUGGUAGAUGCUGCCGCUGCAGUCGGCGUCAAACGAAUCAUCCCUAGUGAUUUCGGCAGUGACGUCACAAAUCCCAAGAUUCUUGAGGCAGUACCUCUAUAUCAAGGAAAGGUGGAUGCAGCCAGAUACCUUGAAGAAGUUGUUGCAAAAAACCCUGCUACGACCUGGACUGCGGUUAUCAAUGGGCCUUUCUAUGAUUGGGGCAUGGAACGAGACCUCUUCGGAUUCAACCCAAAGACACGCACUGCGACUUUGUACGACAACGGCACCGGCAAAUUUGAUUCAACGAAUAUCACUUCCCUAGGACAUGUUGUUGGUAGCAUUCUCACAGCACCAGAGAACUUCACAAACAGAUACGUCUACGUUUCGGAGUUUGCCAUUUCUCAAAAUGAGAUUUUUGAAGCUUUACUAAGAGCGACGAAAACCCAUGCCAAGGAUUGGACUAUUGCGCACCGUACAACCGAGGAACUCAAGAAGGAGGGACUUGAAAAGAUCGAGAAAUGGGAUUUUAGUGGUGCAUUGGAUUUAAUAUUCGCUGCUGUGUUCAAGGCCGGCCUCGGGUCGGACUACUCGACUACACAAAGGAUUGAUAAUGCGGCUGUAGGUCUGAAGCAGGGUGAUAUUUUGGAUACCACUACGGUUAUAUUGGAGGGGAAGUGA